CCCGGGCUGUAUGUGGGUGACGCGGCCGGAAGCGGACACGUCGCCGGUAAGAUGGCGGCGGAGCGGGGAGCCGGAGAUGGCGGGGCCCGGAGGGGACACCUGGCGGCCGUGGUGCUGGCCCGGGGCGGCAGUAAGGGGAUCCCGCACAAGAACAUCAAGAGACUGGCGGGGAAACCGCUCAUCGCCUGGGUGCUGCGGGCGGCGGCGGCCUGCGGGGGCUUCGACAGCAUUUGGGUUUCUACGGACAGUGAUGAAAUUGAGAAAGUGGCGAAGCAGUAUGGGGCGCAGGUCCACCGCCGGACCCCCGAGGUAUCCAGAGACACCACAUCCUCCCUGGAGACCAUACAGGAGUUCCUGCUGCAUCAUCCCGAGGUGGAUAUCGUUGGGAAUAUACAGGCCACCUCCCCUUGUCUCCAUCCCAGCGACCUCACCAAGGUGGUGGACAUGAUCCGGACGGAGGGCUACGACUCUGUGUUUUCUGUAGUGAGGCAUCAUCUGUUCAGGUGGAGAGAGGUGAAGGCGUCAGGUGAGGCCACGGUGGCGGAGAACUUUAACCCAAAGUGCAGGCCGCGGCGGCAGGACUGGAGUGGAGAGCUGUAUGAGAACGGAUCCUUCUACUUUGCUACCAAGGACCUGAUCACCCAGGGCUACCUGCAGGGUGGGAAGAUGGCCUAUUACGAGAUGAAGCCGGAACACAGUGUGGAUAUUGACAUUGAUCUGGAUUGGCCAAUUGCUGAACAAAGAGUUAAAAGGUAUGGCUAUUUCGGCACGGGCGGCCCCACCUUGGUGCAGCUCUUGGUCUGUAACAUUGACGGAUGUCUCACCGAUGGGCGGGUGUACGUCAACCAGGACCAUGAAUUAAUCUCCUACAGUCUCCGGGACCUGGAUGGGAUUAGGAUGUUACUGGAUAGAAACGUGCAGGUCCGGCUGAUCUCUGAGAGGAACAUAAGUCCCACGCUGGUCUCCACCCUGAAGCUUCCGUGUACUAUUGAGGCGAAUGUGUCCAAGAAGAAAGAUGUGCUGGAGAGAUGGAAGGAGGAGCUGGGCUUGAAGUCCUGGAACCAAGUGGCUUACAUGGGGUGCAGCAAUUCGGACGUGGAGUGCCUGAAGCUGGUUGGUACCAGCGGGGUCCCAGCUGACGCCUGCACGGCCGCCAAGAUGACGGACGCCUUUGUCUGCCAAUAUGGAGGCGGCUACGGAGCCAUCCAGGAAUUUGCAGACCACAUAAUAAUGUUGAUGGAGAUGGGCAGAUGAACUGUAGUUAAUGAAGGUCCUGCAGUGAAGAAUGUUGUAUGUAGAGUUUACUUAAAGCAGCUUUAAGACAAAUCGCUAGAAGCAGAAGUUCCGCGUCUGAUGCCGCGCCAGUAAUUGCAGCGCCAUACGGACAGCGCCUCUAUCCUGACCGCUGAGGACUUAAGACCCCUAUGACGCUACUAAGAAAAUGCAUCUUGUUCUGCUGCUUUAUAGUGUAUGUCAUGUCUUUGUUACGGCCCAUCCCAUAUUAUUUAAAAUGUUAUUUUUACCUUUUAGUUUUCGUGAGCAUGAAAAUUACCGCAGGGGCCUAGAAAUUAGUUUUCCCGAGGAGUGAGAUGGUUCUCGGGGCUUUUAAAAUCAGAUGCUGAACAGAAACCAAAAUUUCCUUUAAUCUCGUACUUCAGGAGCGAAGUGUGGAGGGUUUUUUACGCCAUUGUGCAACUUUUAUUGAUUUGUACACAUACUGUAUUGCAGAUCUAUAUAUAUUGCUUUCUCUCUGCUUUUUAGGCAUUUCUUUAUAGCAUCCGGCAAUGUUUUGGGAUACACCUGACCCUAAGCUGCUCUCGGCAUAAAAUUACUUUUCAGAGAUGGAUUCAGUAAACCUUUGGUGUGUCAUAGAACAAUUUAAGCUAAGUAACCCUGGUGAUAUAAGUCAUGCCUGGAAAACACAGACGUUUUCCAGCGUUUUUUAUUUUUGUAAGAUAACGUGUAGAAACAAAUUGUUAGCACCCGAUAGGCCUCGGACUAACACACGCUACCCAUCUGCACAUUUUAGCUGCGUAAUCCUAUGGAGAAUGUUCCGGCAGUACAUAUGUGCGUUUGGCUGCGCAAUCGGAUAUGCCGCAUUCGCGAUCUGUCCGGCAUUCAGUCCUGGCGUGUACCGUUAGGGCAUUCUCAUUGGAAGUGUCAGGUCACCUGUGCUCACCGGGUUGCUACAUGUCCGCUAUAACGUUUACUUUUACAGGUGGUAUAUUUUUAUAGCAGUGUAUCUGCGGUAUGUAAUCGGGAGGGGAUUAAUUUAAUUGCACUAUGCUGUACAUAUGUUUUAUCUUCUGUUUCUCCAGCGUACUUGAAUCUGUCAGCGUCUGGCGCAGUUAUAUACCAUAUAUAGGAAUUGUUUUAUCUUCCGGUGGAUUCAUGAAUAUCUUUUAUAGUUCUCUCUACAGAACGGUUUACAAACAUUUGGGAUCAAAUCAUUGGAAGCCCAGAGAGUGUUACAGGCUGACAAAUCAUUUCUUUUAUGAUGUUUGGGUUGGGAUUAUGUAGAUUUUAUUUAUACAUGGAAUCGGGUUUAUGGUUCUUUUCUGUGCGCUUGGUGGUAAGGAAUGAAUCAGACAAUACCGUCACCGGCUGCUGUGCAGGUUCUGCAAUAAAUACAGUGUGAUAACUAGA